UGGCCGGACCCACUCGCCCCGCCGACAGCGACCCACAAAAACCCACAUGAGCAGCGAUCCCGACAGGGCACCCUCCUACUCGGUGAACCGACCUCUGGGGUUGCCUACACCGAUGCGAGCUUCCCCAAGAUCGUCAUCUCCCACGAGGUCCUCGUAGGCAACCUCCACCCGGAGCAGUGGUCGCAAAUCGAGCCCAGUGUGGACGACUACUGCGCCAUCCUCCCGUAUGGGACGGGCAAUGCGUACUUCUUAGCCCACCCCUACGUCAAGAAAGACAUCACCGACUUCUUGAAGCAGCUCUGCUUCCGGCGGCAGCCCUUUGGGCCCCUCGAGGAGGGCAAGAUGAGAGAAGAGGACGAGGACGAGGAAGCAAACCCGGACAUGGAUGACCUGUCUGUCACUGUACCCGUCCAAGCCCCAGGGAAGGAUGCGAAGGAUCGCUUCGGGAAACCCUGGCCGCUGUUCCUAGCCAGGGGAUCUCAGAGGCUCCGCGAGUACCUCCUGCACCAACAGACCUUCGCUAUCACCCCAGACCUAACCUUCAGCGUCAUUCCGAUAGAUCCCACCGUCUGCUCAUGGGCCAUCUGCAAUUUUGGCGGCGACAGCGUGACGCCCAACGCGACCGGCGCGAUCCUCGAAAAGGUCAAAGUCGCGCUCUGGAAGAACGCGAAGUUCUGCCAGCACGUCGACGCAGUCAUGGCGAAACACGGGAUCCCAGGCUCCGCGCCGCAGCGAGUCGUACGCGCAACAAGCACCUUCACGGUCACGAUCUUCAAUAACCGCGAUGCCCAGGGAAACCCUGCGCCCAUAGCUCAGCUCCGAGGGAGACCCAUCACGACUGACCACAACGACCAUCAAACGUACCUCCGCCUCAUCCGAAGAGGCAAGUACUGGAUCGGCCUCAACCAACUCGAGAUCAACAUCGGAGUGGACUGCCAGCUCUGUAAGGCUGACACUCACCCUACCUGGGACUGCCCCUUCCACCAGACAGAGGGCUGGUACGGCCCGAAGUACGACGGGGCGGAACGGCUGGAACACCGAGUCAAGAGGGCGAGAGAAGCUGAGGAACAGGUCAGCACCAACACUCGAGGAGGCACGAGCCGAGGCAGAGGCCGCAGAGGAGGUCGUGGAGGCAGUCGCGGAGGCAACCACGGAGGG